CUGUCCUACUGUUUAGACUUGCGAUUUUGACACUGACAGCGCUUAUGUUGGACUACUGUCACACUCCUAGCCAAAGUGAAUGCGACGAGCUAAUUUUAAGCCACCGACUGUAAGUGGCCGGUGACUUGUGCGUACUGGAAGGGGACUUGGGGGGAAGCUGAUACCGUAUUCAGUUUCCCCCCCUGCUUCCAGGGAAUUUCCUUGCUUCGAGGAAAUGGAGAUUACGUCGGAGGAAAAAGCCGAGGAACGCAGGAGGGAACACUGGAAGCUGCUGUCUAGUCUGAAGACCACGGUGGAGGGCCUGGUGUCCAGCAGCAACCCCAACGUGUGGUCUCGCUACGGGGGUCUGCAGCGGCUGCACAAGGACAUGAGCCACAUCCUCAGCCACGGCCUCAAGCACGAGCAGGUGUACUACAAGCAGAAAGACUAUUGGCCCUUUGUGUGGCGUGUCCGCUACGUCAGCCCUCACCUGGCCUCUCAUGUAGAACAGUUUAGUAAGCUGGAGCCUGUGCUGAGCAGUGGGCUGCAGAGUGUUGGGGAGGGUUACAAGGCCGAGCGCUGGCUGCUGCACAGCCUACAGGUCCACCUGCUGUCAGCCCAGCUCCGACCCCUGCUCAAACACCAGGGACACACGAGCAAGUACUACAACGUGGAGGCCUUUUUGCUGAGUGAGCCCCAUGUGACGGCCAUGUUCCAGUGUCUGGAGGCCGUGGAGCAGAACAACCCCCGUCUGCUGGCCCUUGUCAACACAGUUAAGCUGUCCACUCUAAUGUGCUCUCCGUACAUGGAGGGCCUGUUGAAGAGUCAGAGUCUGGGUGUUCUGCCGGGGGCGGGGGGCGGCUGGAGGUCCGGGGAAGGUCAGGGUCCCCCCAGAGGUGAGCUCAACCACAGGCUCACCACCUCCCAGUGCUCCCUCCCCCACCGAGACGGAGGACUUACGCCCAACAGUAAUAAUCCAGGGGCCAUCUCAGAGAGCAACUCAGACUCCAAUCCAUCCGCUAGGGCCUCGGGAGCCCCCUGGGGGUGCGUGGGUCCGAGGUCCGAGAGAGAUGGCGAAAGGGGCAUGAGCCCACCUCCCGGUCCCUCAGUGGUGGUCCCCUCCAUCGCCCUGACAGAGCCCGUCUCCCCAUGCCCUGCCCACUCCGACGCCCUAGACUCUGGCGAGGGCGACUACGACGACGGCCCCGAGUAUCUGGCUAUCGGUAACCUGGGGCAUCGUGGCAAUCGCCGCGACUCCCAAAGCUCCACCCCCGGUGGCGAGCCUUGCGGCGGCGAAUCGGAUGGUGAGAUUCAGGUCCAGUCCCCUGGAAGGAGUUCCUUGGCUUCGGUCCCACCUCCCACACCUCGAAGGUCAUCCUUCUCGGAGGGUCAGAGGGAGCCGGGUCGGGGGGGCAGCAGAGGGCACGUCCGCUCAAUGUCCGACACAGGGAUCAACAGCAAACAUAGACAUGAAUCCCUGGUUGCGGAGGACUGUCGUUUGGAGGACUACAGCCCUUUCUCCCUCGGCAGCAGUGAUGCCAGUACACCCAGUUCCCUCUAUAUGGAGUCUAACGGCUCCCAGUACAGCAGUGUUCCAGACUGCAUGUUCCGGAAGCCUUUGGAGGGACAAAGCCUCAUCAGUUACCUGUCAGAGCAGGACUUCGGCAGCUGCGCUGACCUGGAGAAGGAGAACGCCCACUUCAGCAUCUCGGAGUCUCUGAUCGCCGCCAUCGAGCUGAUGAAGUGCAACCUGCGGCGGCGGGUGGAGGACGAGGAGGAGGGUGACGACAGUGACUCAGAGAUCCAGCAGCUCAAACAGAAGAUCCGGCUACGUAGACACCAGAUCCAGCGGACCCGCCUGCCGCCCUCACAGCGCUUGUUCCAUUCAACAGACAGUGGAUGCUCCCGCAGGAGCUCCCAGGAUUCCUUUCACCUGUCCAACUCUGGCUCGGCCGAGGAGGUGGAGGAGUGCGAGCUGAAAGACAUAAAGCGCGGUGUGACAUCCAGUGUCCGCUCUUUCCUCAGAUCAGAGUCUAUUUCUCCGUCGUUCCUCCAGUCUAACUCUGCUGAGUCGGUGGCCAUGGGCCUGCUCAGGCAGUUUGAGGGCAUGCAGCUCCCUGCAGCCUCGGAGCUCGACUGGCUGGUCCCAGAGCAAGACGCACCACAGAAGCUCCUGCCCAUCCCUGACUCCCUGCCCAUCUCUCCUGAUGACGGGGAGCAUGCUGACAUUUACAAGCUGAGGAUCCGAGUGAGAGGGAACCUGGAGUGGGCCCCCCCGCGACCCCAGAUCAUCUUCAACAUUCACCCCGCGCACAAGAGGAAGAUCGUCGUGGCCAAGCAAAACUACCGCUGUGCAGGCUGCGGGACUCGCAUAGACCCAGACUACAUCAAGCGAAUGCGCUACUGUGAGUACCUGGGCCGCUACUUCUGCCAGUGUUGCCAUGAGAACGCCCAGGCGGUGGUGCCGGGCCGUGUGCUGAGGAAGUGGGACUUCAGCAAGUACUAUGUCAGCAACUUUGCCCGGGACCUGCUGGGCAAGAUAUCAGGAGACCCCCUGUUCAACCCCAACGACAUCAACAGUGGCCUCUACAAGAAGAACAAAGCCCUGGAGACUGUCCGGGUUUUGAGGGUCCAACUAUUCCACAUGAAAAACCUCUUCAAGACCUGCCGCCUAGCUAGAGACGUGCUGGACCAGUUCGACAGCCUCCCUGGUCACCUGACUGAGGACCUGCACCUGUUCUCCCUCAGCGACCUCAACGCUGUGCGCAACGGAGAGCUGGCCCCCCGGCUACGAGAGCUUCUGAAAUUGGGUUCCGCGCACGUGACUGGCUGUGUGCUGUGUCAGGCCAAGGGCUUUGUGUGUGAGUUCUGCGGCAACGACAAAGACAUCAUCUUCCCCUUCCAGUUGAACAAGUGCACAUGCUGCGAAGAGUGCAAGGCGUGUUUCCACAGCAAAUGUUUUCAGGCAGGCAAGGAGUGCCCGCGGUGCCAGCGCUUGGCAGAGCGGCGGGAGAGGAUGGCACGCAAGAACAUGGAGGAGCAGGAGGAUAAGGAGGAGGACGAGGGAGGCGGGAGCUAGGACGACGAACUGAGAAACGAGGGUGGCGGGGAGCUAGGACGACGAACUGAGAAACGAGGGUGGCGGGGAGCUAGGACGACGAACUGAGAAACGAGGGUGGCGGGGAGCUAGGACGACGAACU